GGGGUGGUCCGGGUUAACGGAGUAGUUCUGCGCAUCUUCGGGUUGUCCUACAGGUCACGUGAUUAGGUAGUGAUUUCUUCCCGGUGAGCUUGUGAGACCGUCGCCGGGUAAGAGAAGAAAACAAACCGGAGUCACGCGGAUAUACGCGUACACCAGAGCACCCUCAAGGAAAAGAAAACCUACUGCAGCCGGUUUCAGAUCAUCGCUAGCUGUUCAGUAAAUAUUUGCGUUCUGUUGGUUGAGGAGCUGGUCGUCCUAGCCGAGGUGCCUCCUGCCUGGGCCCGGUGGGUUGUGAUUUAGGCGUCUUCUGUUCGUCUCUCGACUCGCAAAAUGAUCCCUUCCACCCGAAAACAGCCUCUGCCCGUCGGAGUAACGUUCCUGGUCGUCUUAGCUGUUGCAUUACAUCCGAGUUUCUCCAGUGAUGUGACGGCCACUUACUCUCCUCCAUAUCCCCCCUCACCUCCAGAGCGAGGGGACUACAAUAUUACGAAAAAUGGCACGAGCUGCUUAAUGACACAUAUGGGGCUGCAGCUCAACAUCACGUACUUCUCUCGCACCCAGAUUAAGGCUAUUCAAGAGAUCGUAAACCUGCGCCCGAACAUGACCAAGCACUCUGGAUCCUGUGAGGCUGACCGUGCAACCCUCAAACUCUCAGAGGAGAACACUAACCUGACAUUCAUCUUCUCUUUGAAUUCUACAACUAACAUGUAUCACCUCAGUGGACUGGAGCUCUCAGCCAACUUGUCAGACAUGGCUCAACCGUUGAUUGUUAUCAAUUCUAGUCUGGACUACCUGAGAGGAACUCUGGGCCACUCUUACAUGUGUCGUAAAGAGCAGACCUUCUACGUUGGGCAGAAUUUCUCGCUCAACACCUUCCAGUUGCAGGUGCAGCCAUUCGGAGUCACUGGAGAUCAAUUUGGAGCAGCUGAAGAGUGUGAUCUGGAUGAAGAUAACAUGUUGAUCCCCAUCAUCGUGGGCACUGCUCUGGCUGGCCUGGUGUUUGUCGUACUCUUGGCCUACUUGAUUGGGCGGAAGAGGAGUCAUGCUGGCUACCAGACCAUCUGAACCUGAUCUUGUGACCUUCCAAGCCAGAGUGUGCAGCCACAAUCAGUGGACUCAACAACACCACAAACCUGCCUGGUCCUCCACUAUUCUCACACUACCAUUAUCUCUGCUGCCUAAGGUGGACCUGUAUCUUCUGGACUUUUAGUUGUACAUAAAAACAGAAUAGAAUACAUAAUCUUGUGCCACUCGGGACAGACAUUUUGGAGUGGGUGACAUCACCACUACAAGGUCUAGCAUUCAGGUCCUAGAUAAAGCAUAGCUUAGGACUAAAACUUUCUCUUAGUGGAGAAUCUCCAUUCAGAGUGUGGUUUUUGACAAAGGCUAAACUUUGGGGACACCAUAACAAUCUGCUGGGUCAAUGAUAAAUGUAGGGGGAAUUCAUAUCUAAAAGGGAGUACUUAACAUGUUCAUUGCCCCUGAUCUUCUAAUUAAUGCUGGAUGUCUGGAUAGAGAUGGUGCAAGGUUGGUGGUCUCAAAGCCCCAAACAGACAAGCACAGAUCUGAUGAGUGUAGCUGUCAGUUUAGGGAGUUGUUUUUGUUUACCAAGAAUUAAGAGAAAUGCAAGUGCCAGCCAUGGUCACUGUUUGUUGUAUACCCACUGAGAUGCAGGUGGGAUUUUGCUAAGGCAGUGGCGUGUUUAUGCACAAUUGCUUAAGAGGCUCCAUGUCUCUGGACUGAAGCAAUUUCCUUAACUUCUUAAGAUCCCAUAGUUAUUCAAAUGUGCUUCAUGCAAGCUUAUACAAGUCUUCUCUUUCCUGACCUUUUGGCAUUAAUUAUAGAACAAAAUUGUUGCAAGCAAACACUUGCAGCAAGAUGGAGUUGUAAAGAAAACCAAGCAUUUUUUCCCCCAUAUGUAGCUAAAUGUGGCAUGAGAGCUGGCCUAGGAAUAUUGACAAGUUGAUCACAUUAUAUGAGCAAGGAUCAUGUGCUUGUCAUUUAAUGCUGUUUGCAAACAAUUUAAGAAUAUAUUAACAAUCACUAAAUUAAACAUUUUACAUGUAGCUCAUAAGUUAAUUAGGUCAUUAGUGAAGUGUAAAAUUCUUACUGUUAACCAUCAAGACUGCUGCCUCCUAUCCAGCAUGUUUAGGACCUGUGCACAUUAGGGAAAGAAGAAAGGGAGAAAUUUGGGCACACUGACAUGAGAUGGCCAUUCAACUGGAGGUUUUGUUGAACACUAAUAUUACAGGAUUGUUAUUCUAUUAUAGAGGUGCUGUAUAAUAUGUGAUGCUAGAUCUGGUGGGGAGGGGAGUGGUGGUGUUUAAAAGGUACAAUAACUAAUUGCUCUAAAGAAUGCACUGAAUAAGGAGUAUUAUAACCUGCAUUUGUGUUUGUUUUUCCUGUCUCUGCCCCUGUUUGUUGGCCUUGGUGUGAGAUACUGUGACAGCGUGUUGAGAAUAAAGAUGUGUUCAUGUGCCAUUACAUCACAAUUACUGUUUGAAUAUAGGAUGUGUUCAUUUUUAAGUUCAGUAAUAAAUGAGAGGAAGAAUAGA